AUGGCGGUGCCGGUGCCGGUGCUGGUGUUGCUGCCCGCCCUCCUCGCCGGGCUCCUCUCCUGUCCCGGAGCUUCUGCCAGCAUCCCGCCUGCUUGCUACCAGUACGGUGUGCCUGGAUGUCCAAGGGACUACAAUCCAGUCUGUGGGACCGAUGGACAGACCUAUUCAAACGAGUGUGUGCUCUGCCUUUCCAACAGUGAAAAUAAAAAGGAUGUCCAAAUUUUCAAGAUGGGAAGAUGCUGA